GAUCACGGAAAUACCCGAACGUAGCCGGCAUGACAAAAUUGUGUCAGUAAUCCAGAAAAUUCCUGAAAGUUCAUUCAUAGAAUUUUAGUGUAAAGAGUCACUUUAGCCGAUAAUUUAACUGGUGGUUGUGUUGGAAGAAAAUUCAAAAGGCUUCUGUUUAACUGGCGUGUCAAAGGAACAUUUUAUUCGUCACAAAAUGGCCUGUGUCGGCUUUGAUUUUGGGACAUCCUCGUGUUAUGUUGCUGUGGCAAGGCAAGGUGGAAUUGAAACAAUAGCUAAUGACUACAGUGAAAGGCGAACACCAUCUGUCGUUGCCCUUGGCGAGAAACAGAGAUUUCUAGGAGUAGGUGCCAAGAAUCAGGAAGCAACAAAUGUGAAGAACACAGUAUCAGAAUUCAAACGCCUUAUUGGCAGGAAGUUCAAAGAUCCGAUGGUGCAGAGAGAAAUAAAACACUAUCCAAAUGAAAUAGUAGAAGGUGUAAAUGGGUCUGUUGGCAUUAAGGCACGUUACUUAGGAGAGCAGCAUGUUUUCACAGCAGAGCAGUUAGGUGGUAUGAUGCUGACCAAGCUUAAACAGACAGCAGAGCACGGAAUGGGUACCAAAGUAGUGGACUGUGUUAUUUCGGUGCCAAGUUUCUACACUGAUGCUGAGAGGAGAGCUAUGAUUGAUGUGGCCAAGAUGGCUGACCUAAACUGCCUGAGGAUCAUGAAUGACACUACUGCAGCUGCCCUGGCGUAUGGCAUCUACAAACAGGAUUUGCCAGAGGAAGAGGCCAAGCCACGGAAUGUCGUCAUAAUCGACAUGGGUUAUUCCUCCCUACAGAUCUCUGUCUGUGCUUUCAACAAAGGAAAACUAAAGGUAUUAGCAACAGCUUGCGAUGCUUUCUUAGGUGGCAGGGACCUGGACAGACUUCUUGUGGAUCACUUUGCUGCAGAGUUCAAGGAAAAGUACAAGAUAGAUGUGAAGAGUAACGUGCGGGCAAUGGUUCGCCUGAAGACUGCCUGUGAGAGACUGAAGAAGUUGAUGAGCAGUAACACGGAGGAGCUGCCAAUGAACAUAGAGUGUAUCAUGGAUGAUAAAGAUGUCAGUGGGAGAAUGAAACGAGCUAAACUCGAAGAGUUAGCAGCCCCACUAGUAGCAAGAAUUGAGACAGUGAUGAGACAGGCACUACAAUUAUCAGGGCUGAAAACCAGUGAUUUAUAUUCAGUAGAGAUCAUAGGCGGGUCAUCCCGCGUGCCAAUAGUGAAAGAGACUGUGAAGAAAGUGUAUGGUCUUGAAGCCAGCACGACGCUGAAUGCAGACGAGGCAGUGUCGCGUGGGUGCGCCCUGCAGUGCGCUAUACUAAGCCCUACCUUCCGUGUACGCGACUUCUCAGUGACAGAUGCCCAGCCUUAUCCAAUUAAAUUAGUCUGGCAGGGUGUAAUGGAAGAUGAGAGUGAGAUCAAUGAGAUGGAAGUCUUUCCAAUGUUUCAUGCCAUCCCCUUCACCAAAAUGCUGACAUUCUACAGACGAGAUGCGUUCACACUAGAGGCUCAGUAUGGGGCCAGCACCGCCCUGCCUUACCCCACAGAUACCUUAGGUAGUUUUACCAUAAAAGACGUCAAAGCUCAGCCAAAGGGAGAAAGUGCCAAGGUCAAGGUGAAGGUCAGAGUGGAUAUUCAUGGCAUCUUCAAGAUAACCAGUGCCACAACCACAGAGAAAAUAGAAAAUGCUUCACAGGAAGAGCCCAUGGAGGUUGAUGAAAAGGUAGAGACAGUGCAAAAUGGCCCUAAAGAAGGAGAAUCUAGUCCUGCAGGUGGAGAGGCAAAACCAACAGAAAAUGCUGAAGAGACUCCAAUGCAAACGGAUCAACCUAGUGAAGGUCAAGUUAAAGAGGACGAAGAGAAGAAAGAAGAGAAGGAUGAGAAGAAAGAUGAUAAAAAAGAAGCAAAGAAGAACAAAGUGAAAGUGAAAACGAUAGACCUGUCAGUUGACUCUAAUGUGCCGGGAUUGGAUAAAAAUACUCUGAAUUUGAUGAUAGAAGAGGAGGCUAAAAUGAUCAUGAGUGACAAACUUGAGAAAGAACGUGCUGAUGCCAAAAACUCUGUAGAGGAAUAUGUCUAUGAAAUGAGGGAUAAGAUUUCUGGCCCACUGGAAGAAUUCCUCACGGAGAAGGACCGUGAACAGUUCUCUAAGAUUUUGACGGAGACAGAGGAUUGGCUGUAUGAAGAUGGGGAAGACUGCAAGAAAUCUGUGUACAUAGAUAAACUAGCUGAAUUAAAGAAACUUGGUGACCCUCCAGGGAAGAGAUUCCGUGAGUUUAAUGAAAGGCCUCAGGCAUUUGAACAGCUUGGUGGAGCGCUGCAGUUAAUCCGCAAGGCUUUGGAUCAAUACAAUGCCAAGGAUGAGAAGUAUGAGCACAUUGAGGCCUCUGAGAUGAAGAAAGUGGAGAAAUGCCUCAAGGAAAAACAGGAUUGGUUUGACAAACAGUUCAAUCUCAGCUCACAACUACCUAAACACAAAGAUCCAGCGGUAUUAGCAUCUCAGAUAAACUCUGAAAAAGAGGCACUGCAUAGACUGUGUUUCCCAAUAUUAAAUAAACCCAAGCCAAAGCCUAAAGAAGAGCCCCCAAAAGAUGACAAGAAAGAUGAAAAGACAGCAGACGCUGCAGCUGGCGAGCAGACGGUUGCUGGGGAGGGAGAUGGACAGAAAAGUGGAGAACAGAAUGAGCAGCAGCCACCUUCAGAAGCUAGCACAGCAGAGAUGGAACUAGAUUGAUACUAACUUCUCUUAGUAAUUACAUCACCUGAACUGGAAUGUGGGUCAUUUUUCUUUAAAGACAGACUGGAAAAUGUAAACUUCAGAACAUAAAUAUGGAAAAUUGCUGUAAAUUCAUAAACGGUGAACCCAGUUGGCAGGGAAUAUUCCAAUUGAAAGAUCUUAUGCAUGAUGACUGACAUGAUUAUUGGUCAGUUGAAUUCUUUUUUUCACUGAUUUGCUGUCUUACAACAGUAUUCUUUUCAGUGUUUUGUAGUUAGCUGCAACAGUUUCCUUGUAAAUGGUCUUGAAAUAUAGUCAAGGGAUGUGUAUACUCUGGAUGCUUCAAUCUAGACCACUCAGUAAAUAAAGCAAUUUUAUCACCAGUGAUUGACUGGUAAAUGAACAAAAUAGGCCCAUUCUCUGUUGAUCUCUCCCCACGUGCAAACUUUUCAAUAAAUAAUUUAAUGUGCAGUACAAACAUUCUAUUUAAUAACAAACCUGUCAUACAACUGGGUAUAUUUCUCUCUAAAUUACAGGUUGCAAAUGCAAUGUGAAAGCCGUCAUAAUAGUCUAAGCAGUGAAAAUUGACUGCUUUUGGUGUAGAGAUAAUUCUUAAGCAGUGUAAUUUAUUAACUUUUAUAUGUCAUCAAAAGCAUCAUAAAGUCUGUAUAUCAGAAA